AUGGACGCCGCUAGUAAAGCUAGUCUUGUCGAGCAAUUCACUUCACUAACCGGCGCUGGAGAAGAUCGAGCACAGUUUUUCUUGGAUUUGAGUGGCUGGAACGUGGAGCUUGCCAUUCAAUCGUAUUACGAUUUUGACAGCGCUGAAGCUCCGCAGGAGUUUAAUCCACGAGAGAACUUACUUCAAGAUCUAAUUGAUAACGUCGACGGCGGCGACGACGACACUGCUGCAGAGAUGGCCGACGAAAACCCUAACCCGCGUCCGGCAAAUGAGCCGCAGAACAAGGACAGCAACAACAAUCAGCGUCAGCGCCAGGCAGCUGCCGGUGGCAUUGCCACGCUUUCUUCGCUCCGCGAAAAUCCCGAUCAAGACCAGGGACAGCACCGACAGGCUUUCUACGCCGGCGGCUCGGAGCACUCUGGCCAGCAAGUGCUCGGUCCAAAUGGUCGCAAAAAGAACACUGACCGAAUCGUCUCUGAUAUGUUCAAGCAGGCUAAGGAAAACGCCGAAGUGCUAGAUCCUUCUGAGGCUGGCCCUAGCUCUCGAUUCUCAGCUUUCACCGGCUCCGGAUACUCGCUGGGCACUGAGGCCAUCGACUCACAACAGAUUGCCGGUCCUUCAGCUCCUGGAACACAGGAGAACACUCGAAAUGUUCUAAAGUUUUGGAGCAAUGGUUUUAGCAUUGAUGACGGCCCUCUGCGAGCUUAUGAUGACCCGGCAAAUGCUGCCUUCUUGGAGUCCAUUCGCAGGGGAGAGAUUCCCGAUGAGCUGUCGCAGAAUGGGCGUAUUCGCGAGAAGGACAUCAGCAUGCAGGAUCAUCGCGAUAGUGAGUACCAGCCGCCGCCGAAGAAGGCCCAGCCUGCCUUCGUCGGUGAAGGCCAUCGCCUGGGCACUCCCGCCAGUGAGCUCAUUGCGCAGUCUGCCUCUGCUCUGCCAAAUGAUCCCAAGUCAAAGGAGAAGGCUGCAGCUGAUGCGGCUGCAUUUAUCAACUUUGAUGCCUCGCAGCCAAACACCAAAAUUCAGGUCCGACUUGCUGACGGAUCGAGAAUGGUCAUUCAGAUCAACCUCUCUCGAUUGGUCUCCGACCUGCGCCAGUACAUCUGCAUUUCUCGCCCCGAGUACGCCGUCAUACCGUUCAACCUGAUGACUACCUUUCCCAACAAGGUCAUCGAAGACGAGACUGCCACCAUUCAGGCGAGUGGACUGGCCAACGCCUCCGUCGUGCAACGCCUCGUCUAA